AUGUGGCUCAUGCUAUGUGCAACUGAAGUCAUGGGACAGUUCCAAGUGGAGCCUCUUGAUUCCACCGUUCUAAAAGGCUCUGAUGCACGAUUCAACGCUAUUGUGGAAGUACCAUGGGAGGUCAUGACAUGGAAUGUCAGAGGUUUUCUGGUUCUCACAGUUCCUAGAAGUGGAAACAUAUCUUCUUCCUCAGAACAGUUUUCUGCCUCCUUCUGCUCAGCUGGCGACACCAGCUGUGUGGCGUUCACCAUUCACAACACCUCCCGCAGGGAAGCUGGGCUGGUCACCUGCACUAUACAGGGAGCCUAUGGAUCAAAGUCGGCAAGUCUACACGUUCAAGAGAGUGGAACAAUCAAGAUCAAAGAAGGUGAUAUGAAAGUGGACCAGGAUGAGGAGGUGGAGUUCAACUGUGUGACCUCAGCUUGGUUCCCUCGUCCUGUUGUCAGUUGGAACCUGAAUGGUGACUCUGUGGAUAGUAGCCUGUACAACAGCAGUCAUGUAGCACAUGAAGAUUGGUUCAACUCCUCCAGUGUCCUAAAGUUUCGUGCUGUCAAAAAUUCUACAGUAGCAUGUUUGGCAACGUUACAGAAACUAAAAAAAACACUAUCCAGCUCUGUCCACCUAGCGGUUGUGCCUAAGCCUCCAGACUGGACUGUCUUGAUAGCUGUGGUUUGCUCCUUUGGCGGUUGUGCUCUGCUCGUUUUACUCAUCCUAGGGGUGAUCUUUUGCUACAGACGCAGGAAAGAAAAAGAACCCAACUAUCAAGAUGAAAUGACUAAAAGAGUGAGGACACAGAGCCAGUUGAGUGGAAUGAGACCGCCUGGACAGAAACAAGGUCGAGUCAAUGCAGGUUAUGUGGCAGAUGGACAAACAAGUGUUGCUCCAAGUGACUUGACAGACAGUGAUUAUUUCCAUGCAAGUCGGUUCAAUUUUUCUGAGGAUGAAACUGAGUGGCAUGCCUGA